AUGCUCUCACAGUCCUCUCACGCGGCCAUGGCCCCGUCGGAGCCGUCGUCGGAGCCGUCGUCUUCGGCGCCGUCAUCAUCGGGCUUGCCCGGCGAGCCUUCAAGCAGCACCACGCCCACCACGACGCACGAUGCCUUUUCCUCGACCGAAUCCGAGCAGACGCCACGACCCAACUCGGCGGCUCGCUUCGGCCUCACCGUCCCAAAGGCCGACCAGGGCGGCGACGCGUCGAGCGACGGCGGCUACUCGACGGCGACGACGGUCGCCUCGACCUUGACAGCCGCAGCGGCUGCAGCUGCCCGGCGCAACGGGCUCCGCAACGACCUUCGAUCCGGCGCCACAGUCCGCAUCAAGGUCUCGACGCCCAAGCAUCGCCGGGCGCGCAGCGACUUUAGCCUCCGUGAUCUGUCUGCCGACAGCGACGUCACCUACGACUCGAGCUCGAGCAUCGCGAGCCUUGCCAGCGAGCUCGAGGAGCUCUGUGCGCACCUCCCGGCCCGCCAGGCUCCAUCAGGCAAGAAGGACAGCCAGAGCCCCACGGCUGUGGCCUUCGACGUCCCCGUGAGGCGAUCCCGGCCUCGCUCGAGCACGACGGCGUCGGCAUCCACGCUCGCGACCGUGCCCCGACCUCGCUCGAUGAUCCAUCCCGGACGCGAGGCGUCCUCGCGACUGGCCGACCCGGCGUCCUCACCCUCAUCGGCACCGGCCACGAGUGCCACUGCUUCAUUCGCCUCCUCGAUGAGGACGACGAUGUCGGCGACGACGCCGGCGGCACCCUCGCCUCUGUCCGGGACCAAGCCCACCGCUGUGGCCGGCCGCCGAAGGAGCAGCACGCUCGCCACAGACGAGUCGAAGCCAACGCGUCGCUUCCGCGCAUCGACGCUGAUGCAGAGCAUCACCGAGGAGGACGGCACGCGGUCGCCAUCGAGGAGGCGCUACAGCCCCGCCACGGGCCGUCAGGCGCGCUUCUUCUCGCCGGGCAACCCUUCGCACGAGCAGUGGUCGCGCGCCAGCCCCAUGGCGCCCAGCAAUACUUCGCCCACGACGUCGACCCACCCUUCGCCAGGCUCGCCCGACUACGACUAUAUCCGCUUCAUCGACAGCGACUACGGGAGCAGCCCGACGUGGGGCAGCGAGUCGCUCCAGGACACGCCGCCGUCCGCCUCGUCGCACAAGAGCCCGUCGCCCGUCGCCCUCAAGCAGCAGGCGGCGCUACCGGCGCUGCCCACGCUUCACGUCAGCAAGCGCACCCGGACCGGCACCAUGAGCUCGGUCGUCUCGAGCCAGUUGCUGGCCGAGCAGGCCGCCUGGCUCCAGGAGGAGCUGGCGCGCUGCAGCAGCGACGAGGAAGGCAUGGAGUCGCCCGACCCCUACCUGCUCCCGCCCGGAAGCGGUCUGGGCGUGCCCGAGUGCUUCUCGACGCCUUCGACCAGCCCCAUGAUCGCCGGCCGCGACACGUUUAUGCGGCUGCCAGGUAGCGAGUCGGCCGACCUCCUCGGCCUCGGUCUCAACCCCAAGCCGCUGGCCCUGGUCGGCCCCGUGCCCGGUCGCACGUCGACAGGUAGCAGCCGCGACGCAGCCGGCAAGAAGGACGCUUCCAAGAGGCGCUCGCACCCGGCCAAGGCAGCAGGGCAGGAUGGGGAUCCCGCCUCGCCGACGUCGCCCGGGUCCAAGCCCUCGAGCCGCCGCGCCUCGAUGAGGAGAGGGGCGGCACCAUCGAAGCGCGACUCGCUCCAGCCGCCCGAGAUGCCGUGGAGGUACAGCAGUCUCGGCACCAACGCUGCCAUGCGCCGGCGAUCGUCGAGCGACAGCUUCGCCAGCACCCAGCCCGAGAGCUCCUCGCUCUUCCACGAGGGCGGCUACAGCCCCUCUUCGAGCCCGAUGGCCGACAACGGCCACGACGCCGAGCCUGCCGGCCGUCGCGCCGCGACGCCCGUCGCCCAAGCCCCAGGGUCGGCGACCGGGCUCUCUCCGCGGUCCGAGAGCCACCCUCGUCGCCGCUCGUCGCCGCGCACCGCCAACCCGAGCAACCGGCGCAAGACGCCGCAGCGGCCCCAGCUGCCCGCCCGCAUGGCCAGCCUGGACGAGACGGUGGCCGCUGCGCCUGGCCAGACGCAGCUGCGCGAAGAGUUCCCCGAGAAGCUCCUCGGCGACUUCCUGGCCGACGAUGCCAGCGACGACGACCGCAACGGCGGCCGGGCACGCGUCGGCGGCGGCGGCAGCAGCGGCGGCGGCAUCGAAGGCGAGGGCCGCAUCACGGUCAUGCCGUUGCCGUUCAACAUGAUGGUGCGAUCCGGCAGCCAGACGGUCUCGCUUCCGGGCAUCGGCGAGAUUAUCCCGCCCAGCCCGGACGUGUCGUACGACACCCUGGGUCUCGACCGGCUCUCGCCGGCCCUCAAGCGGCUGGGCAGCGAUGCGGCCGGCUCCAUCGAGCAGCUGCCCCUGCCGUUCCGCAGCAGCGCCAACGCCUCGAACGCCUCGCUGGCGUCGCACGCGCACGAGCAGCGCCUCGACGGUGCCGUCGUUGGCCUCGAGCGGUCGCCGAGCCGCAUCGGCACGCUCAAGGCGCGGAUCACGGGCAGGCUCGGCAGCUCGAUCGACCUCAUCCGUGCCACGACCGCCAGCGCCGCCGCCCCUCCUGCCGCCUCUGUCGACGUGGCCGAGGAAAGGGUGUCGCUUACCUUGACGCCGGCUCCAUCGACAGCCGUCGGACCAGCUGCGGCUUCUGUUCCGACCUCGGCUCCAUCGUCGGCACCGGCACCGGUCCAGGCUCCGGCGGCGUCCUCGAGCAGCAAGUCGACGAGCGCCAUCAACCGGUUCAUCCUCAAGGGCGGCAAGAAGCUCUCGAAGCGGUCCAAGGACGCCGUCGCGGGAGGGGAUCUCGAGUCGCCGCGUCUGCCCGCAGCGUGGGAGGAGCGACUGGCGAGCCGGGGCGGGGAGCGACGGCCGAGCUCGCGCAUGUCGAUCUCGACCGAGUCGCCGUCGGGCCGCGCCGAGAUGUUCCUGGACCUGUCGAGCCCGCGGCGCAAGGCGGCCAUGGACCUGGCGGGCCGCGAGGCGCCUCGGUCGGCGACGCCCAGCUUUGCCAGCGAGGAGUCCAAGGGCCGCACCAGCUCGAGCUUCUGGCGCAUCCUCAGCCCGAGCGCCAACGCGUCGGCCGCCAGCUUGCUCGCAAAGGGCGGCCAGUCGCCCGAGCCGCACGCGGGCGGCGUGGGGAUGCUGAGGCAGCCUAGCGGUGGUGGUGGUGAGCCGCAUGCCACGCUGCAGCAGCAGCCGCAGCAGCAGCCUCAAGGUACUUCGGCCCGCAGCGGGAGCCAGCUGGGCUUUUCGCGACCGUCGCAGGCGGCCGAGCACCACCACAGCUUCUUUGACCUGAGCGAGGAGGAAGAGGACGACGACGGCGAGGAUCGAAACGGGCUCGACUCGGAGGGCGAAGGGACAAAGGUGCGGGGCACGAUCCGGACCAACGGACGCAAGGACCUGAGCAAGCUGUUUGGGGCGUCCGAGAGCGACCUGCUGCACCGCGACGUCGUCUCGCCCAUCACCAUCCCAGCCGGCCCCGCUGGUGGUGGUGGUGGACGAGGCGAGGCCAAGCUGGCGCCCGCCCCGAGCCGGUGGACGGCGAGUCUGGGCCGCUCGUCGAAGCGCUCGCAGCAGCAGCAGCAGCCGCGUGGGUCGCGCAUCGCGGCUGUCUGA